AUGGAAGAUGCUGUGUCCAUCAGCGACAAUGUUGCGGGACACGCCUGCUUCGCUGUGUUCGAUGGUCACGGAGGCGAGAAGGCCACUGUACUUGCCAAGCAGUUCCUGCCGCGGCAACUGGAAAAGCACCUCGAACAAGGGAGCAGCAGGGAGGAAGCCACGCAUCAAGCGUUCGCAGCAAUGGACGACCUGAUGCAUAAGGAGCUGGAAGAGGAGGCCAAAGUAUUCACAGCCGGCACUUCGUCCGGAACAGUUGCUUGCAUUGUGCUCCUUCAGGAAGACGAGCUCGUCCUGUUGAACCUGGGGGACUGCAGGGCAGCUGUGUGCGAGAACGGAAAGGUGGGCACAACUACACGAGACCACAACCCCGACAAAAAUGACCAAGAGAAGCAGCACUUGGAGGCGCUCGGCGUCUGCAUCGAGGGGGCCUACGUGGAUGGCAAGGUGCAAGUCUCUCGUGUCCUUGGGGACAUCGUGGACAAGAACGGGACAGAAGAUCCUGGCCCAGGAUCUUCUGUCCCGCGAUUUACAUUUUCCAUUACCUUGGCCCAAGUGGAAGUGAGCAGGACAACCUUGAACAGCAUGCCGCCGGACUCACUGGAGAGGAUCACGAUGAUCCAUUCCCAGCUGCCCGAGAAGAGCCGCGGUUCGGACAAAGGCGGCAUCAUCGUGCGACAGUCCGAAUCAUUGAAGUCUGCCGACCUCGGCCGCGUAAGCACUGGAGCCAUUGUGGAGGAGAUCGCCAAAGUUGGAGAGCGGCUCUGUUACAGGCUAGAAGAGGGCACUGGACCAGCAAAAGGCUGGGCCGGAAUCUCAGGCACUCCAGAGUCUGCGAGGGCCUGUGAGACUAUCAUUGCCAACGCUUCCGGGUGA